GCGAUCUUCACACUUUUCAUUUAUUUAUAAACAAAGAUCACUUCGGUGUGAUUGCUCAUUAGUCGAAUCGAUAGUCGGAUUUUUGGAAUUGAUCUUUGAAGUUUUAAGGGAGGGCUUGGUUUUCUAUAAAAUUUCUAAGGCUACGCGUGGACAGACAUUGUCGACGACCGACGUCGACGUUGAUUUGUUGAGUCGCUUGUUGAUUUUUGAGGAGAGCGUAUAUACGUGUCAGCUGAAGAAUAUCUGUGCGGACGGUUGAAAGUUUAAUUGACGCUAAAAAGGUUAUUGCGCUGAUAUAAAAGUGUCGAAAAAUUGCAAAUCGAAAGUGCUAGACAAUAAGGUGAUGAUCCGAUGUUUGUUAUAAUUCGGUGAUUAUUCGGCGUUGAAGUUUCUCACUCACUAGUGCUAAUAGUAUCUUAUGUAUUUAAUGUUUUAUUUUUCUAUUUUUUUUUCUUCUAAUAUUUUGGUCAAUUGGUGUUAAAAUGUUGAUGGUAGUUUUAUUGAAAAUUCGUUUAAGUCUUUUCAACAGUUUGUGUUGUUAGUUUAUGUGAUUAAAGUUUGGAAUUAUUUAUUGUUGGCUUUAACAACAAUUGUAUUGUUGGUUGAUUUGGAAAGAAAUUUUGUUGUUUGUUGUCGAAAGUCAAAAUAGUAUAUUGUGAGAGAUUUGAAAAAAAAAAUCGUUAAUACGUAACAGGAAUGCAUCAGACGGCUUAUCGUCGAGCAAUGUCUUCAGAUUGCACUUCUAUGGUUGCUUCGAUGUCACCAUUCAUCGAAAAUGGAUUAAAUGCGAGUUUUACGGAAUGCUGUUACACUGCACCGGAUUAUUGGUCUGGAUCUUAUGGAAGCAGUGCCAUAAGUCCAAUGAAACAAAUUGAGGCAUGCAUUCAAACAGCAGGAAAAGAUCGAUCUUCAUAUAAACCUCUUGAGCACAUUGCAAUCAAUCCUAAGCAUCCGGAAGAAAGUAGCUGCCAGGAUAAUCGCACAAACAAUGAAAAUAUCAACAACAAUGGAAGCAAUGCAAAGAAGUACAAAUCAAAAAAAGAUAAUACCAAAAACGAUGAAAUCGUUCAUCCGUCUGUAGCUCAAGCUGUGGUUAUCCUUGAAACCAAACAGCUAUGGGAUAAGUUCCACGAACAAGGAACGGAAAUGAUUGUCACAAAAACCGGAAGGCGAAUGUUUCCAACAUUUCAAGUUCGAAUCGGCGGUCUAGACCCACAGGCAACCUACAUCAUGAUGAUGGAUUUCGUCCCUGUUGAUGAUAAACGUUAUCGAUAUGCAUUCCAUAAUUCCAGUUGGGUUGUUGCAGGUAAAGCUGAUCCAAUCUCACCACCACGCAUCCACGUACACCCGGAUUCUCCAGCCCCCGGCACAAAUUGGAUGAAACAAAUCAUUUCAUUUGACAAACUCAAACUCACCAAUAACCAACUCGAUGAAAAUGGCCACAUAAUAUUGAACUCGAUGCACAGGUAUCAGCCAAGAUUCCACAUUGUCUACCUGCCACCUAAAAAUACAUCGUUGGAUGAGAAUGAGCAUGCCAGCCAUUUUCGCACUUUCGUCUUUCCGGAAACAUCGUUUACGGCGGUCACUGCCUAUCAGAAUCAGAGAGUAACCCAGUUAAAAAUUGUGAGCAAUCCAUUUGCCAAGGGAUUCAGGGAUGACGGGACAAACGACGUAACAUCAAGCAACAUGAGUAUAAGCCAAAUGAAUCAUGAUAAUCACAAUCGUAUGAAACAGCACACCCAACAACAGCAACAACAUCAGCAACAAUUAAAUCAAUUGAAGCUUUCAUCAAAAGAUUCAAAUUUAGAGUUAGAUGCACAUCAAAAUUCACUGCAAGUGACAGCCCCCCAUCCUCCUGCAACUACCACCGCUCAUAAUAAUGGUUCACCCGAAUUGGGAUAUCAUUGCAGUAGCAGUGGAAUAAAAACUGAUGCGGCGACUGCAGCUGCGGCUGCUGCUGCCUCGACAGCAACCCUCAACAACACCCAAAUGAAUAGCCUGGUGACAAACGCGACCAAUAUAUACUCUGCCAUCGGGCAAUCCUACACCAGCGAGAGCAGCAACUUUGGAGCGAUCUAUCAUCACAAUCAUCACCAUUUGUCUCAUGGCCAUGGUUAUGGGAAUCCGUAUGAUAAAAUCAAAGUGCCAGGUCAUAUGCGUCAGACCAAUCCCUACAGUACGUAUCAGAGCUUCUAUGGCAGUCCUCAUCAUCAGAUGGUUCGACCCAAUGGAUAUAUUGACUUGGUUCCAAGGUGAUAUGGAUAAUGUUCUUCUCCACUUCACUGUCCUAUCAUUUUAUUGUAUUAUUUUUAUCAUAUUUAAUUAAAAACAUAAAAAAAACAUCACUUUGUAUUUCUGUUACCAUUAUUUAAAUUUUAAAUAGGCACUUUGUCCCAAUUACUUGGCUUUUAACAUUUAAUUAUGUCGUUUAGUUUGAUUAAGAAUAUAAAGAAAAUAUAAGUUAAUUUUAUUCUUUGAUGAUAUAAAUAAAUAUAAUUUUUGUUCAGGAAUAAAAAUAUCGAUGUGGAAACAUCACA